CGAGCAGCCGCCUUGCCCGCGAGCCCAAGAUUUCAUAUUUUCUGCGGGAGGCACCGAAUCCGACUAUGAAUAGCAUCCGUGUUGUUUCUUGGGUUUUGAGAAAGAUUUCGCGGGGAAGUUGUGUUCUUGGGCUGGUUCCCCGCACCUAAAGAAGGGUUUUCCAACUCAUCAAUAAUCAGCAAAAUAUGUGAAUAAGUCUCCAAUAUACUUCACACCAUUUGAGCCAGAUGAAAAUAGGUCUUCUCAUAUUGUUGGUUCUCUCCCUGGUCCUGUUCCCUGAUGGGAUUUGCAGGAGCUUAGCCGCAAGGCCUUCUACCGUGAAUAUUGGGUCCAUUCUUCGAUUUAACUCCACCAUCGGAGGUGUUUCGGUGGUUGCUAUCCAGGCAGCCUUGGAGGAUAUCAAUUCUGAUUCAACAAUUCUAAAUGGCACAACUUUAAAAGUUGACAUGAGAGAUACAAAUUGUGAUGAUGGUUUCCUUGGGAUGGUUCAAGCUUUGCAGUUCAUGGAGACUGAUGUUAUUGCAAUCAUUGGCCCACAGUGCUCAACAAUUGCACAUAUCGUUUCAUAUGUAGCAAAUGAGCUCCGAGUCCCUUUAAUGUCCUUUGCAUCUGAUGCAACUUUGUCAUCAAUUCAAUUCCCGUUCUUUGUUCGAACUGCUCCCAGUGAUCUCUAUCAAAUGGAUGCUGUGGCUGCUAUUGUUGACUACUACCGCUGGAAGAUAGUGACUGCUAUAUAUAUUGAUGAUGAUUAUGGCCGAAAUGGCAUUGCUGCUUUGGAUGAUGCACUUACUCAAAGGCGCUGCAAAAUCUCCUACAAGGUUGGAUUUUCUUCAAAUGCUAAAAAGAGUGACCUCAUAAAUUUAUUGGUCAGCGUUAGUUAUAUGGAGUCUCGUGUCAUCAUCCUUCAUACUGGUGCUGGACCUGGACUCAAGAUUUUCUCUCUGGCCAACCAACUAAGCAUGAUGGGCAAUGGCUAUGUAUGGAUUGCAACUGAUUGGCUUUCUGCUUAUCUUGAUGCUAAUUCAUCAGUUCCUGCUGAUACUAUGUAUGGUAUGCAAGGAGUUCUCACUUUACGCCCACACAUUGCUAACUCAAAGAUGAAGAGUAAUUUGAUCUCCAGGUGGAGCAGUUUAAGCAAGACAUACAAUCACAGUGAUCUCCGUACAAGUUCAUAUGCUUUUUAUGUUUAUGAUAGUGUAUGGGCAGUAGCUCGGGCUUUGGAUGCUUUCUUUGAUGAUGGUGGGAAGAUUUCCUUUUCAAAUGACUCAAGGCUGCGUGAUGAAACUGGAGGUACUCUUCACCUUGAAGCAAUGAGCGUUUUUGAUAUGGGAAAUAACUUGUUGGAGAAGAUUAGAAAGGUAAACUUCACGGGGGUGUCUGGGCAAGUGCAAUUUGAUGCUACCGGUGACCUCAUUCAUCCUGCCUAUGAUGUCAUAAAUAUUAUUGGAAAUGGCAUGCGAACAGUUGGCUAUUGGUCAAACUAUUCUCGUUUGUUGUCAACUGUCCUUCCUGAGGUUCUUUAUUCAAAGCCUCCCAACAGUUCUCUAGCUAAUCAACAUAUCUAUGAUGUCAUUUGGCCUGGGCAGACUGCACAGAAGCCUCGAGGCUGGGUUUUUCCUUCUAAUGCCAAGGAGUUGAAAAUUGGUGUCCCCAACAGGUUUAGCUUCAAAGAGUUUGUCACAAAAGAUAAUGUUACUGGAUCAAUGAAGGGUUAUUGCAUCGAUGUCUUUACUCAGGCUCUGGCAUUGCUUCCUUAUCCUGUGACCUACAAGUUUAUACCUUUUGGGACUGGUACUGAAAAUCCUCAUUAUGAUCAACUCGUACAAAUGAUUGAGGAUAAUGAGUUUGAUGCAGCAAUAGGGGAUAUUGCAAUUACAAUGAGCCGGACUGUGGCUAAUGAUUUCACCCAGCCCUUCAUUGAAUCAGGCCUGGUUAUCUUGGCUCCGGUUAAAAAGCACAUAACAAAUUCCUGGGCAUUCUUGCAGCCAUUCACUCUGGAGAUGUGGUGUAUUACUGGAUUAUUCUUUCUUAUUGUGGGUGCUGUUGUUUGGGUUCUUGAACAUCGAAUAAAUGAUGAAUUCCGUGGCACACCACGAGAACAAAUAAUAACUAUUUUCUGGUUCAGCUUUUCGACCUUGUUUUUUGCACAUAGAGAAAACACCAUGAGCACCUUAGGACGUGGUGUCUUGAUCAUAUGGCUAUUUGUUGUUUUAAUCAUUCAAUCCAGCUAUACUGCAAGUCUUACUUCCAUCCUGACCGUUCAACAACUUGAUACUUCUAUCAGAGGAAUUGAUGACCUGAAAAAUAGUGAUGAUCCUAUUGGUUUCCAAGUUGGUUCAUUCGCAGAAGAAUACAUGGUCAGGGAGCUGAACAUUUCACGGUCGAGGCUGAAAGCUCUUGGUUCUCCAGAAGAAUAUGCUGAUGCACUCAAGCGUGGCCCUAAGAAAGGAGGUGUGAUGGCCAUUGUAGAUGAGCGCCCCUAUGUUGAACUGUUUUUGUCAACUUAUUGCAGGAUUGCUGUAGCCGGUUCGGAUUUCACCAGUAGAGGAUGGGGAUUUGCCUUUCCAAGAGACUCCCCUUUGCAAAUUGACCUGUCGACUGCAAUUCUGUCACUAUCAGAGAACGGGGAGCUGCAGCGGAUCCAUGACAAGUGGCUCAAGACGGGCGAGUGCACAGCUGACAACACCGAGUUCGUUGACUCAAACCAGCUCCGCCUUGAGAGCUUCUGGGGCCUCUUCCUUAUUUGUGGUGUGGCAUGUGUCAUCGCACUGCUCAUCUACUUUAUCAUCGCUGUACGCAAAUUCCUCAGGCAUGUACCUCCAGAAGAACCAGCAACUCCAGAAGCGCCAAUAUCCCCAAAGGAAGAACCGAAAUGCGACUGCAGAAAGUUCCUCUCAUUUCUUGAUCACAAGGAGCCACCAAAGAAGAAGCGGUCCUUGAGUUCGACGCCAACAACACCAGUGAGCAACUUUACUGUCCUUCAAAUAGAACGGCCUGUGAGGUCAGUCAGGAAUGGUAAUGCUGUUGACUUAGAGAAUUAGUGCGUGUGUAAAAAGCUGAGAAAAUUUUAUAUUCUGGAUCUGAGAUAUGCCAUCUUUGGCCCAGCCUCCCCAAUUUAGUUGAGAGAACAGAACCAGAGGCUGCACAAGAUGCUAUCUGUAGAUUUCAAGCAACCCGGUGAUGGACAAGAAAAAUCAUCUGAGGCCACUUUGGCAACUGAAAAACUGUAUAGAAGCUGCUAUUCUUGUACUUGAUGGUAUUUUGAAUGGAGGAAAUAUAUAUGUUUGUUUGAUUAA